AUGGACGGGAAGAAGUUGGAGUACAAAGGCGUGGAGGCAUUGAAGGAGCUCGAGAAAUUAACAACAAAAGCCGAGGAAGUUCAAGAGGAUAUUUUGAAGAAAAUCUUAGCACAAAACGAGGAGACAGAUUAUUUGAACAAAUACAUAGUUGGAUCGAAAAAUGUAUCCCAAUUCAAACGUUGUGUGCCUGUUAUUACGUACAAGGAUAUUCGUCCUUACAUAGUAAGAAUUGCUAAUGGUGAAAACUCCAGUUUAAUUACUGGCCAUUCCCUCACUGAGAUGCUAUGCAGCUCCGGUACAUCAGCAGGAGAGCCCAAAUUGAUGCCAUCAAUUGCAGAAGAUCUUGAUCGUCGUACCUUUCUGUAUAAUCUAAUCAUGCCGAUAAUUAACCAGUAUGUACCAGGACUCGAGGAGGGCAAAGCCAUGUUCCUCUACUUUGUCAAGGCUGAGAUGUCGACUCCUUGUGGCUUACCAGCUCGUACCGUGCUAACUAGUUACUACAAGAGUCCACAUUUUAAAUGUCGUGCUCACGAUUCAUUCAAUGAUUACACGAGCCCGGAUCAAGCCAUUUUGUGUUAUGAUAGCAACCAAAGCAUGUAUUGCCAAUUGUUGGCUGGCCUAAUCCAUCGACACAAGGUGUUACGCCUAGGCGCAGUAUUUGCCUCAGCUCUUCUUCGUGCCAUUUCCUUCCUUGAACGCAAUUGGCGUAAUCUAUGCCACGACAUUAGGACAGGCAACCUUAAUGCCACAAUCAACGAUCCUGGAUGCAGAUCCGCCAUGUCUAUCAUGCUUUCAUCUCCCGAUCCAAAUUUAGCUGAUGAAAUCGAGGAAAUUUGCAGGUGCCCUUCUUGGAAAGGGAUAAUUUGUCUUCUCUGGCCUAAUGCUAAGUACAUUGAGGCAGUUGUCACGGGCUCCAUGUCCCAAUAUAUACCAUCUCUAAAGUACUAUAGUGAUGAGAAAUUGCCACUGGUUUGUACAAUGUAUGCCUCUUCCGAAUGUUAUUUUGGUGUCAAUUUGAAACCCUUGUGCGACCCGUCCGAGGUUUCUUUUACCAUGUUGCCAAACAUGGGAUUCUUCGAAUUCAUACCUCUGGGAGACAGUCGGACAUUUUUGAUGGACCUCGAUGAAGAUGAAGAUGUGCCUCAAAGUCAACUGGUUGACCUGGUACACGUCGUAGUCGGUUGCUACUAUGAACUUGUGGUUACGACGUUUUCUGGUUUGUAUAGAUAUCGCAUUGGUGACGUGCUCCAAGUGACAGGAUUUCACAAUCAGACUCCACAAUUUCGAUUCAUUUGUAGGAGAAAUGUCCUUCUCAGUAUCGACAAUGACAAAACCAAUGAAGAAGACUUACACAAGAGUAUAACUGUUGCCAAGAAACUCCUCGACCCUUAUAAUGCACUGCUCGUCGAGUACACUAGUUUUGCUGACACCUCGUCCGUGCCAGGACAUUACGUGAUUUAUUGGGAAAUAAUUCACAGCACCUCCGUUGUGGACAAAGCAAUUUCCAUUGAUGCCAAGGUAUUGAAAGAGUGUUGCAUUGCGAUGGAAGAAGAACUUGACUACAUCUACCGUCGAUGCCGGACCAACGAUAAGUCCAUCGGGCCCCUCGAGAUUCGUGUCGUGAAGCCGGGAACUUUUGAUUCGUUGAUGGAUUUGUUCAUAACACAAGGGGCAUCAAUUAAUCAAUAUAAAACUCCUAGGUGCAUCAAAUCAAAAGCUGCACUCAAGCUCUUGAAUAAUAAUGUGAGUGCAUGCUAUUUUAGUCCUAGGGAUCCUGCAUGGAUUGCUUGA